GUGACGUAAAGCGCGACGGCGGGCAGCGUCGUGAAAAGCCCGUGAAGGACAGGGAGGGGGGGACGCCGAGCGGUUGCCGGGUUUGUGUCGCGCCAGUGCCCGUAUCGCGACAGGCGCGGAGCCAUGCCGUUCUGGGAGCUUCAGCGCCAGCUGGGCAUCGAUGUGGACCGGUGGAUGCUGCGGCAGAGUAUGCCGCAGCCCUACGGGAGGGCCAGCACCUGUCACGCAUUCGAGCGCGAGUGGGUGGAGUGUGGGCACGGCCUGGGCCAGACCCGCGCCCGCCGCGAGUGUCAACCCGAGUACGAGGAUUUCAUGGAGUGCAUGCACCGCACCAAACUGGCUGUGCGGCUGAAAACCAUCCUCGAGCAGAGGGACAAGAUGAUCAAGGAGGGGAAGUACACGCCGCCCGACCACCACAAGGGCAAAGAGGAGCCGCGGCCUUGAGUCGCAGGGGACCUGGAACCUGACCCAACCCACCCCCCGCCAUUCCACACACACACGCCCGGGGAGGAAAACCCACAGCACAACCGGGGCACGCCGGAGGGGCGGGGUGGGGGCCCUGCCCCAGCCGAAGGGGAGCGACACCGCAUCAGGCAUCGCUUGGGCUAGUAAACGUCUCCUUUGGAAUGGC